AUGCAUGAGGGAGCGCAUGCUCCUCUCGCCGGCGCUACCGGAUGCGUGGAACCCGAGGAAACGUUGGAUAAGAUAGAUGUUGAGAAUCGCAUUGACGAUAGUGAGGAUCUUGACACAGAGAUAGGAGAACACGAGACAGGUGCCCAGGCGUUUACUCACCACGCAAAUACCGCAAGCGUCAUAGGCCCUCUUCGACAAUUGAGCUCGUCGACCCUAAAAUGCAAAUGUGCCGAACUGUACGCCGACUCUGGAAGGCAGACAUGCGCAUGGAGGCUGUCGGUGAAACCGGAACCUCAAGGAUUUUGCAUCAUUUAA